GUUGGUUUAGGUCCACCAACUGGUGGUUAGGGUUCCACAAUCUCCAUUUUUGAAGCAAUCAUUUCUAAUCAAACACCCAAAUUAAGCAACACCCAUUUCGAUUCUCUAGGGUUCCUCCAAAACCCAACCCCCCCAUCAUUCUUCAUUUCAAUCCCCACUUCACAAAUGCUAGGUACCACCACCAGCUUCUAAAGGGAUCAUUCACCAGCCAUUGAAAUCUUGAGUGAUAGGGACCAGUUUCUUUGCAAUAAAGAUGGCUACUUAUUAUCCAUCUUCAACUAAUCAUCAAUUUCCCAAUUCCUAUCUUUCGACCCAACAACAACAAAUUGAUUCUUAUCAAGAAUCACCAAUUCCUCCCAUCGAUAUGAUGUACCAAAACCAGAACUCAACCGACUCCUCUUUCUUGGAGCUUUUAUCGACAAACCCCCAAAAUCCUUCGAGAAUCGAGAAUCAUCAUAGUUUAGAUGAUCAAGAACGAAACUUGCAGUAUCAAGAAUUAUCUCUUAGUCUUGGAAUGCAAAUAACUUCCUCUUCCAUGGAUUUGCCUUCUUUUCAAUACAAUUACUUGAAUCCCCAUCUUCAAGAUUCGGGUGAUCAUGGCUCUCAAAGCAAUAAAGUCGAAAAUAUUGACUAUUUGUCAUUUGAUUUGGUUGGUGGUGUAUCUGGGGUUGUGAAAGAUAGAUCUACAAACCAUGGUCAAUGCUCGAUUUCGGGUUAUCAAAUCCCAACUGGGGUUGUGGCAAGAAUUUAUAAUUCAAGAUAUCUGAAGCCAUCACAGGAAUUGCUUGAGGAAGUAGCUAAUCUUCACGAAGCUAUAAGGCAGAUAAAGAUGAACAAACGCAAUAAUCUACAUAAGCUCGGUGUUGAUAGAUUUGAUGAAAAAAAUUCCAGAAUUGAUUCCCAGUCUGUUCGUUCUUCUAUCAACGGGGAGCCUCUCGAGUCUAUUACCAGUUCCUCUGGUCAACUUUCUGCCUCUGAGAAACAGGACCUUCAGAACAAGAUCACGAAACUCGUUUCCUUGUUAGAUGAGGUAGAUAGGAAAUACCGAGAAUACUGCCAGCAACUCCGAGUUGUUGAGGCAGCGUUGGAUAUGGUGGCUGGUUGUGGGGCUGCAAGGUCGUACACGACACUUGCCCAUCAAACGAUAUCUCGACACUUUCGUUGCUUGCGUGAUGCCAUUAACGGCCAAGUUCAAGCGACCCGUCAAAGCCUAGGAGAUCAAGAUGAUUCGUCCGACAGAGUCUUGCCUCGUCUGCGUAACGUGGAGAAACAGCUCAGGCAACAAGGGAGUCUCCAUCCGCUUGGUGUGAUGCGUCAUUCUUGGAGGCCACAACGAGGCUUGCCUGAAGGCUCCGUCUCGCUCCUUCGUGCUUGGCUAUUCGAGCAUUUUCUUAACCCUUACCCGAAAGAUUCAGAAAAGAUGAUGCUAGCAAGACAAACCGGGCUCACCAGAAGCCAGAUUGCAAAUUGGUUUAUCAACGCCCGUGUGCGCCUCUGGAAACCGAUGGUCGAGGAUAUGUACAAAGAAGAGUUUCGUGAUCAAGAAGUGAACGGUAGAUCUUCACCUAAAGCGGCAAUAGAUCAAUCAUGGUCUUCGGAAGACAAAGAGAAAGAUUUACAGCCUAAAACAAGUUCACGUAUUAACGACUCAAAUCCUGAGUUUGUGAACGAUAUGGAAGUCAACGGGUAUGUGGCACAAAGGCAUAUCGAUCUCGCAGACCAGUACAGGUUUGAUGAUCCACAACUGUUACCUGAUUUUGUCGUAGAAUAAAAAGAAAAUAAGGGCUUUGAUGGUCGGAAAAUGUACAUGUACACGAAUAAACACCGUUAUGGUGUUCUUGACUCGAAUUUGUGAAUACGGGUGGGGUUUCGGUUGUACGAAUAGCGAAAUUUUUUUGUUCGAAGCUUAGCUUCUAUGUAAAGAUAUACCAUACCAUUUCAUCGUAUGUAAUAAAGCAACAAUUCGUUAAGUUUUUGGAC